GCAAGAACACAUAGGGCACUGUGGGCCCAAUGGGCUCAUCUGUAUUUUCUUAGAAGCAAUGGGUCCUGUUUUAGUGGGAGGAGACCUAAACAGGGUUCUAUUUUUCAAAGGUGUCUCUGGCUGCACGAGAAGAAUAAAUAGGAAUAGGAGGCAACUGUGCAGUCUAGGAGAGAGUGAUGGCCGCUGACAUGAGGGAGUGGAGAUGGUGAGAGUUGGAGAGAUCAUUUGAUUUAAGAGAUAAGCCUUAAAAGACUCUGAUACUAAGUGAGCGAGUGGAAGAUACCAAGGCUAGAACUCAAUAUUGUGGCUUCAUUGUCCAUGCUGCAGCUCACUGAGAAUCCUCUAGCAGAAUACAAACUAGUUAUUGGCUCUUACUUACAGAACUUUAAAGAGGAAUUGUGAAGAAAUGACACACAUGCAUUAAAAUACUUAAAAAUCUUAAAUUUGCUAGGAAGGCUUUAGGGGAUUUUUAAACCAGGAAGUGACAUGAUCAUAUUUACAUCCUGAACAUUCUGCCUGCUACGUGUGGAUGGCCUGAAAGAGACAGAGAGUGGAAACAGUGGGACAUCUGCAAAGGGUAUAGUAACAAGAAGUCAGUAUUCACGUUGGAUCAGAUGAACUCCCCAACUGGAAAGGAGUCAACUCAUCGGCAUUGUUUAUCAAGUAAUUGAGACCCUAAUUCCCGCUUUAUACACAUUGUCUGGGCAGUCCUGGGAUCCUUCAUCUUCUUCAAGGUUGAUGUUCUCCUCUGCCGGAUCAUAAAAAAAAUCAUAAGAUGGUCUUAAAUGUUCUACAUCUUUGGUCUUUGUUGUAAAGAGGGCUCGACGGAAGCGUCUGUCUGUUCCGCCAUCUUGGCUCCGCCUCCCUAAAGAUGAAAUUUUAAGCAGGUAAAUGCUAGUCCCUGAGAGGAAGGAACCAAAAUGUCUACCAUAGCUGAAAUGAGGGCCACGGAAGAAGACAUUUCCAAUGACAGUGAUUUACACACAUCUGAAGUGCAAACUUCCAGGAAAGGCAUUUGUUCAGUUCGACAUGGACUGUCCAUCAUCUUGCUGCUCUGUAAUUUUGCAAUUGUCACCCAAGAAAUGAACAUGAGCAUUGCCAUCCCAGCGAUGGUGAAACCCACAGCCCCACUGAACCAUUCCAAUGCCUACACAGAAAGGUCCCCCACUGACUCCCAGGAAUACUGGAAUGAAACUCUAAAGGGAUUUAAGGCAGUGGCCCCUGUGUAUGACUGGAGUCCUGAAAUCCAGGGAAUCAUCCUCAGCUCCCUCAACUAUGCCUCUUUCUUAGCACCAAUCCCUACUGGUUACGUGGCUGGAAUAUUUGGAGCUAAGCGUGUGGUUGGUGCUGGAUUGUUCAUCUCCUCAGUCCUGACCCUGUUCAUUCCACUGGCAGCUGAUGCUGGAGUGACAUUGCUCAUUGUCAUACGGGUUGCCCAAGGCAUAGCCCAGGUUAUGGUAACAACAGGUCAGUAUUCAGUUUGGGUCAAAUGGGCCCCUCCAACGGAAAGGAGUCAACUCACCAGCAUUGCUACAUCAGGGAUAAUGCUGGGAUCCUUUGUCAUCUUUGUUGUUGGUGGUCUCCUCUGCCAGACCAUAGGAUGGCCUUAUAUCUUCUAUAUCUUUGGUGGAAUUGGCUGUGUCUGCUGUCUUCUCUGGUACCCUCUCAUUUAUGAUGACCCCAUGAAUCAUCCCUUUAUCAGCACUGGUGAGAAGGAAUACAUCCUGUGUACACUGGCUCAAAAGAAUUGUUCGCCAAGCUGGUCUCUUCCCAUUAAGGCUAUGAUCAAAUCCCUACCACUUUGGGCCAUUUUAGUCUAUUCUUUCUGUCAAUACUGGACUUUUUAUGUCGUGACAGUGUACAGACCAACAUACAUCAACUCCGUACUUCAAGCUAAUCUCAGAGAUAGUGGGAUCCUGUCUGCCCUGCCACUUAUACCUGGCUUCAUCUGUACAAUCCUUGGAGGUCUGUUGGCAGAUUAUCUUCUUUCCAGAAAAAUUCUCAAGCUUAUCACCAUAAGGAAACUCUUCACUGCCAUAGGAGUUCUCCUCCCAUCCCUGCUCAACAUGUCCCUGUAUUGGGUCAGAUCCAGCACCAGCACCAGUGUGGCCUUCUUGAUAAUGUCUCCUGCCAUCAACAGCUUUUGCUUCUCAGGAGCCUUUGUUAACAUCCUGGAUAUUGCUCCUCGAUACACUAGCUUUCUCAGGGGACUAUCACAAGUCUUUACACACACAGCUGGAGCCAUCUCUCCCACCACUACUGGGUUUUUCAUCAAUCAGGAUUCAGAUUUGGGUUGGAGAAAUGUCUUCUUGCUUUCAGCUGGUAUUAACGUAUUGGGGCUGAUCGUCUACCUCAUCUUCAGCCAAGCAGAAGUCCAGGACUGGGCGAAAGAGUGAACAAGCACUGACUUCUGUGAAAACGGAGUGAUGUAUUAGGUCCAGAUGAUUACUUGUUCCUUGUUUCCCCUUACAGAUGUUCCCUUUAGUGCCUGCACAACUCACGAGACAUUUAAUUUGAAUUGACCUUGUUCCCUGUGUCUUCUCAGAGUCCUUGGCUACUAUAAUAGUGAAGAUUCUGCCUGGAGAUUUUACUGGGAAGUGAAAGUCUAGUUACUUAACUGUGAGGCCAUGAAGGAAUAGGUGUGUCUGACUUUCUUCAUGUUCUCCACUCUUUCCACUGUUAUCCUGGAAAAAGCAUCAGAAUUUGGAGGACAAUUUCUCACCAGAGGAAAAGACGAAGCCGGGAUUAUGGGAGUGAAAACUGAGAACCAUAAGGGAAGUUGUGUCCAAACACCCAGAAAAUGAACCGUGAGAGCUAACAUUAAAGGACCAAUACCAUAGAAAUGAUAAUGUACACACCCCGAACUCCUAGGCCUGGUGGUGAAAUCAGACAAAUUUGUCCUCAAAAAUGAGGGGGGAUACAGGGCCAUUGUGAGGUUUGGUGAAGGCAAAAUGCCUGGUUGAAAAUGCCAAGGAGGAAAGGACAGUAUAGACAGAAUCCAUUUUACCAAGAGGCAUGAAUGUCCUAUAGCUAAAGUGGGGAAAGCAUAGUAGGCUUCAACUGUGUGACAACUUGCUUUCUAUGGCUUCUAGCUUUGGAAUCAGAGUUGCCUCCCUAAUAGCUGUAGAUACCAAGCACUUUCUGGAGUCCACUAUCACACAGCUGCCUUCACUUUGGCCAUAUUGGCCUCUGCCCAGCAUCUGGUUUGUGGAUCUGUGCAGAAAUCUUUAAUCUUAGUAAAAGGACACUACCUAUGUUCUCUCCUAUCCCCUCAAAUAUUUGUUCAUGCUGUCACUCUCGUCUUGACUUCCCUUCUUCUGCUCCUCCAAUGUGAUUGUGGGAGCUGGCAAACCGGAAAUUUGUCAGUCAGUCAGCAGGGUAGAAAGUCCAGCAGCCUUCAGUCUGAAAGCUGUAGGCCAAGUGGGCUGAAAAGUCCAGCAGGGUAUUUGUGUCUUAAGGGAUAAUUCUCCUUUGGGAAACUUCAGUUUUUGCACUUGGGGCCUUCAACUGAUUGGAUGUGGCCCACCCACAUCAUGGACGGUAAUCUGCUUUACUUUGAGUCAACUGAUUGUCGUAAAUGUUAAACCAAAACCAAACCUGUUGCCGUUGAGUUGAUUCUGACUCAUAAAUGAUAGUCACAUGUAAAUUCUUUCACAGCAACAUCUAGACUGCCAUUUGACCAAACAUCUGGGCACCAUAGCCUGGACAAGUUGGCAACAUAAACAUAACCAUCACAGAUGGUGAGAGAUGGAACGAAGAGAGCUCCUGCCUUUUCACUGGAUGGUUAAUGAUCACGUCCAUGUAUGUUAGUGAGAAGUCAGGGAGGGUCUGCCAAGUGAUUUUACUUGAAAUUGAGGUAGGGACUGACAAUUUGUGUUGUAAGGAAAAGACCUGAAGUGCUCAUGGCAGAGAAGAGGAGAACUAUGUGGCAAAGAUGCCCUGGAGAGGUGGCAGGCACGUGAUGACCUCCUUUAGAGGACCUGGAAAACCUCACAUUUUUCCUCACCUGUUCGUUAUUGAGUUUCCUCUACUCAGUCUGAUUGUAAACUCCAAAAUUUCAAGAACCAUGGGACUUUAUUUUAUACUAUCUUUAAUGCAAAUAUGUUGUUUCAUAUGCAUUAGGUGCCAGUAAAAGCUUGUUGAAUCACUGUAUGAAUCAAUGAGUGGAACGGCACUGGUGGGGGAUGGAAUGGAAUGGUGUGGGGGGGGCACUUAGCAGAAAUAUGUGUGGGAAGAGAAAGCACCCUAUUUUGACCCAGUUUUCCUUUAAUUCCCUUCGUUUGUGAAAGGGUAGAAUCACCUAAACAUAUAGACUCCUUUUCUCAUCUAAUAUUAAGAUAUUGAAAGAUUAGGUUUGCCCCAUUCCCUUUCUCUAGCAAUCACAGAGCCAAACCCAGGCUUUCAUCAGUGGCAAAGUGUUUGCCCAUCAGGGAACAGGAUCUCUUGCUGGCUUCUGAGCCAUGCCAUGUCCUCAUUUAUUCUCCUCCUUUCCUUCCUUGGACCAUUUUAUUGCUUUCUAAUUUGUCACUUUUAGCUCUUUCUGAAAGUAAACUUGAUUUCUCCCUGGGCCCACUAAAGAGGUAGCUGACUUGUCCAGUUUCCUCCCUAGCUAAAUGUCCUUAAAGUACAGAAAGCUUUUAAGAUUUUCUACUGGCCCACACACGUGCAACACUGAAGAGUAAAACUUGAAAAUACAAAAAAGAUCUUUCCAGAAGUCUUAGAAUAAAAUGUUCUCUUGUGCUUGCUAAUUGGUUUAUUUAAUCAUUUAUAAUUAAUCAUUAAAUAAUCAUUUAUAAACCAUCCAAUGUAGAGAGAAAGAGAGAGAUUAAAUUCAGACAUGUUGCAUGUUAUAUCUUACAAACAAUACGUUUUAGGAAAGAGAUGUACGCAGGGUGUGAAGGUAGUAGAACUGGCCCCUUGGAAUCCUCAUGCCAUCUUCUUCCUUGUGCUGACAACACCUCUCAGCUUCAGACUCACGGGCUGGGCCCACUUCCCAUCAAUAAGGAGGUCCAUCCCAGGUUUUCUGAGCCCUCAGUUUUGUACCAAGCUUUGUAGAGAAAGAAAAAGAGUGCACAUAAAUGUCACUGGUAAGUUCUUGUACCAAGAGGACAUAAGAAAGCUUUUCAACAUUUUAGAGGAAUAAAUAAACUGGUUUAGUAUGUGUAUAUGCAUAUAUAUUUAUAUAUUUCUUUCAAGGUGCCUUCUUUGCCUCAUAGGUAGGUUACCCUAGAAAUUUGUUACACUUCUUCCCACUUGACAUAAAAAUAAAUGUAAUUAUCUGGUGCAAUUUUAUCACCUUCUCUCUUCCCGACCUUCAAAAGUCUGUGUGUGAGAGCUUUGACGAGUUCCAACAUUUUUUUCGGUACAAGCACAUGGUGGGGUCCCUGGGUGAUACAAACUGUUAACGUGCUCAGCUGCUAACUGAAAAGUUGGAGGUUCUAAUCCACCCAGAGGUUUCUUGGAAGAAAGGCCUGAUGUUUUACUUUGAAAAAUCAGCCACUGAAAAUCCUAUGGAGCCCAGUUCUGCUCUGACACACAUGGGAUCACCAGGAGUCUGAGUCGACUCCACAGCAGUUGGUUUUCUAGGCACAUGGUAUGAAGCCAGGCAUCAUUUCCUUUAUAACCAUGCUAUAUCCUAAAAACAGAGCUCAAAAACACAGUGCACACCUAUAUGGUUUGGAACACAGGUAGUUUAUAUUGCUCCUAUCGAUGGCAGUGGGUUUUUUUUAUCCCUAA